UAGUGCAUCCACAAUACGGAACGGGAAAAAUGAUUCUACUCGCCUUCAUCAUUGUUGGAGUGUUUUUUGGAGUCUAUGGUGAUGAUGAGAGAUCAGCAGGCUUGAGAUCCUCAGUGUUCCUGGAGCAACCAGAAAGAGUUACAGUCUAUGAAUCAGACAAUGCCACUUUCAGAUGCUCAGUUGUUAACUCAUCCUUCAGUAUAUUCUGGCUGGUCAACGGCUUCAGUGCCACCUUCACUGUGUUUCGAGAGAGAGGGUUCUCUGUAAAGGAAGACCCAGACACUCACACCAUAUCUCGACUGGAAGUGGUUGGACAUGCGUCCAAUAACAACACAAACAUUAGCUGUGCAGCUGAUCAGAUUCACAGCGACCCUGAGCUAUCUUGGAUCGUGUCUGAGGUUGCAUUGCUCAUAGUGCAAGAUAGGGUAACUCUGCAGUCAGCUGUGGAAGAAAGCAUGCACUUGAUUGUGUCGACAGAGACUGAGCUGGUGGUAGCAAAGACAACGUCAUCGCUACAAACAAAGGUGAUACGAACCAGCACAGUGCCUAGCAAAUCAGGCACACCAGACAACACUCCAGAUUUGAAGCUCCUUCCCGGACAAGCAAGCACAAAGCAUGAUCAGAAGAACAUGGUCCUGUUUUGGUAUAUUGGUGGUGUCAUGGGGUUAAUAGUACUACUGAGUCUGACUUUUUUGGUCAUACUUAUUGUUUCCCGAAAGUUGAUGAGAAAAGGUAUACCACUGGUGAUUGUUUUUACUACAACUGUCUUACUAUCUUUCUUAAUAAUCUUAAACAAAACUUUUGGGAGUAAAUGCAAACUUUUCUAAAUACGCAGCAGAAGGUGCAAGGAAGGCACACGUCGAAGAGGAAGUAGACAAAGAGCUGCAGUCGAACCCCAUCUACAGCUAUAUCUCUGACCCAAUUCACUCGCAGUCUCAAGCCAUCUACAGCUCCAUCUCUGACCCAAUUCACUCGCAGUCACACGCCAUCUACAGCUCCAUCUCUGACCCAAUUCCCCUCCAGAAGAACCAAGUCUACGAGUGCUUUAAACCAGUCAAGUGUGAGAAAAACUGUGCAUAUGAUUCUGUCAACCUUCGCUCGGCAGCUACUACCCACCAUUGAAACACAACACAUCCUGUAUAGUAAAAGAAGGUUUACACUAUCACUAUUACUAUGGCUUUGGUUGUUGACACGGUUGAACGGUUAUCUUUUUAAAUGAAUUUUGCAUACAGCACACUGUAAUAUCAACAUCGAUAUUAUUAUUAUAAUAAUAUAUUUCAGCUCUAUAACGGAAGAAGUGGUAAAAAUUAAAGUGAAAAUGAGACUUUGCAAAGAAAAAAUUUGGGCAAACUUUAUGAAUUAUAACCUAGUGAUGAAUUACACAACCACACGCGAUGUUGAUACUGUUUGUGUUGAGUAAUACAUGGAGAUAUGAUCUGCUUGAGGCUAUAACAUUGGUGCUAGACGUCCGUGCAAUGACUCUGUGGCUGCUGAUCGGGGGUGUAGUGAGUCUGAGUUGGGGUCUGGUCACUGUAGGACAGGGAGGCGUAGGACAACCC